AUGCAACGUCAAUUUAACACCCCCUCUACCCAGCCCCCCUUCUCUGAAUCCAUUCCGCACUCCGAAGAGAGUCCGAGCCAUGUUUUACUGCUCUCAGCGCACCUCGGUAAAAUGGCCGUAUCUAAGUGAGCCUCGUGCUGGUGUGAUCUGUUCCUCGGCUAUAGUCUACUUCUGCAACAGAACCCCCACAAAUUCCGUGUCGGUUAAAUUUCAUUUACAGGGAACUCGGUGCGAGAGAGUCUAAAAAACGGAGCCGACGGUGGAGCCCGGAUUCGGUCCGGCGUAAGGAGUGGGGAUGAGUCGGGACACGGGUAAAUUGUUGUAAAACUAUUGUAUUUACAUUCAAUGGUUCGCGUUUGAUUGUGACCGACUCGCCGAGAGGGAGAGGGGGGGAUCAUGGCCGCUCAGGUCGCCAGCGCUACCUCUCUCAACACCAGCCCGCCUUCCGAGCUGAAAAAACCGGAUCGAGACCCAAAGGAGGAGUCGGUACCGGGGGAGAAGCAGCAGGAAAAUAAGGAGCCGGGACUCGAAAGCGGAUCUCCGGCUCGCGGGGAACUGCAGGACCGGGCCGAUGUGGGAAAUGCUGGGGGAGGAGGGGAGUCGGAGAUGAAGAACGGCAACGGGAAUCCGUCAAGGGUGAACAAUAAUCAAAAUGAGACCACCGGACCGGAGGGGAACAACCACCCCGGGAUGGUACUCCAUCACGCGCCCGGGUUUCAGCCCGCUUCCUAUAGCUACGCGCAGCAUUACGGCCGGGCCCCUUUUCAUCAACAUGGCGGACAACAAAGCCCUGGCAUGGCAGCUGCAGCGGGGCCAGGCGCGCUGUCGAGCAGCAUGAUGGACCCCUAUCAGCCCAACUCCCACGACCACGGCUUCCCAAACCACCAGUACAACAGCUACAGUCCGUUCGGGAACCGAAGCCCGUAUCCGGGCCAGAGCUACGGCAUGAACUCUCCGCGCAGCGCUCCUCAAGCCCAGGCAGUAGGGGGGCAGUCAGCCAAGCAGCAGCAGCCAGCAGCGACUGCAUCUUACAGCAAUCAGCGGUAUAACAUGGGAAACCCGCAGCCUACAUCCACCCCGACUCUCAACCAGCUCCUCACCUCACCGAGCGGUGCCCGGGGUUACGCGAAUUACCCGCCGAGCGACUACAGCGGUCAGGACGGUGCUAAGGGACCAGCAGAUAUGGGCAGCAGCGGCGGGCAGUACGGUGGGGGCCAUCCGGGUUGGCAACAAAGGACCCAUCACCCACCACCCAUGAGUCCUGGAAGUACCGGGCAGCCCCUGGGAAGAAACCAGACUCCAGGCUCCAUGGAUCAAAUGGGGAAAAUGCGCGGUCAGCCUUAUGGGUCGGGCGGGCCUUACUCCCAGCAGCCCCAUCAAGGGCCUCCUCCAGCGCCCCAGCAGAGUCCUGCUUACCCAGGCCAGGGCUACGGGCCCCCUGGCCCUCAGAGAUACCCUAUGGGCAUGCAAGGACGUGUGCAGUACGGCCAGCAGGUGCCAUCAUAUGGACAGCAGGGACCAGGGGGUUAUGUGCAGCAGGGGCAGCAGCCCUAUUACGGCCAGCAUGGUCAGGGGCCUCACUCGGGCCAGCAGCAGUCGCCAUACCCCGGGCCUUCCCCAGGGCAACCAGGAGGUCAGGGACCUUAUUCACAGCAAACUCAUGGCCCCCAGUCAUCUGGCCCACACGGACAGGCUGGUCCUCCUUACCAACAACCCCACAUGCCCCAGCAGCCACAGGGGCAGAUGACCGGCCCUUCGCCGGGCCCGUCGCAGUCCCCAUACUCGCAGUCCUCGGCGCCACCCCAGGCCAGCCAGUCUCCCUAUCCACAGCAACAGGUGCCUCAGUCCCAGCCCUCGCAGCAGGGGAGCUCGCAGGCUCCUCCUGCAUCCCAACCCAGUUACCCUCCUGCCCAAGGCCCUCAACAACAACCGCAGCAGCCGCCACCGCCAACAUCACAGCAGCCACCGCAGACGGCCACACCCGCUUCUCAGCCGCCCGCGGGACAUGGACAGAUGCCACAGGGACAGCCCUCAUCGUACUCCCAGAAUCCCCCACAACAACAACAACAGCAGCAGCAGCAACAACAACAAUCGCCGUAUCAGCGUUUUCCUCCUCCUCCUCAGGAGAUUUCCCAGGAGUCUUUUAGCUCCCAGUCCAGCGCUCCCCCCUCCGUUCCGCCUCUGGCAUCGAAGAGCAGUACAGAGGACAUGCAGGGCAGACCCUCCAGUCUACCAGACCUAUCCGGUUCAAUCGAUGACCUGCCUACUGGUACGGAGGGCGCUUUGAGCCCUGGAGUCAGCACAUCUGGAGUAUCCAGCAGUCAAGGAGAACAGAGCAAUCCAGCACAGUCACCCUUCUCCCCUCACACUUCUCCCCCGGUGGGCUCUCCUGCCAGCGCCUCAGCAUCUCGUUCUGGGCCACUGUCCCCUGCCACGAUGCCAGGAAACCAGAUGCCUCCCCGCCCUUCAAGUGGACAGUCUGAUGGAAUGAUGCACCCUUCAAUGAAUCAACCUGGCAUUGGCCAAGAAAGAGGAUAUAUGCAGAGAAACCCUCAGAUGGCACCCUAUGGGUCUCCACAGUCUAGCUCUGCGUUGUCUCCUCGUCAGUCAUCUGGAGGCCAGGUGCAUGCUGGAAUGGUCCCUUAUCAGCAGAACAACUCUAUGGCAAACUAUGGGCCUCAAGGUGGUCAAUAUGGCCCACAGGGUUACCCCAGGCAGCCUGGUUACAGUGGCAUGCCUAAUGCCAAUUACCCAGGCCCUGGCAUGGGCGGAACCAUGAACCCUAUGUCUGGACAAGGAGGAGGGCCAAUGUUUGCUGGCAUGCCGGCUGGAAGGAUGCCUCAUGGACAGAUGGUUGCACGUCCCUAUGGCCCCAACAUGGGUCCCAACAUGAGUCCCAAUAUGGGUCCUAAUGUGGGCAGCAUGCCCCCUCAAGUGGGAACUGGGAUGUGCCCACCUCCAGGCCUCAACAGAAAGCCACAGGAUGCCGCAACAAUGCAGCACGGACCCGCCAACUCGAUACACAACAGGCUACCAGGUUUCCCCAAUAUGUCUCCUGGUCCCGGUAUGACGGGCUCAGGACCUCCAUAUGGCUCUUCCAUGAACAACAUGCCUGGGAUGAUGAAUACCCAGGGUUCACCCUACCCUAUGGGUGGUAACAUGGCUAACAACACUAGUGGCAUGUCCCCUGGUCCGGACUUUGGUAUGGAUGGGAAACUUAACCAAGCCCAGAAAAUGAAUAACAAAGUUGAGGGGACGCCCAAGACAGAAUCAAAAUCCAAGAAGUCAAGUUCCUCCACAACAACCAAUGAGAAGAUCACUCGGUUGUAUGAGCUAGGCCCAGAGCCAGAAAGAAAGAUGUGGGUAGACCGUUACUUGGCUUUCAUAGAAGAGAAAGCCAUGGGCAUGAGUAACCUGCCAGCUGUGGGACGUAAGCCCCUUGAUCUCUUCCGCCUCUACGUGUCCGUCAAGGAGAUUGGAGGUCUUACACAGGUUAAUAAGAACAAAAAAUGGAGAGAGCUGUCCACAAAUCUGAACGUGGGGACCUCCAGCAGUGCUGCCAGCUCUCUGAAAAAGCAGUACAUUCAAUGUCUGUAUGCUUUUGAAUGUAAGAUUGAGCGUGGAGAAGACCCACCACCUGACAUUAUGUCUGGAGAUAGCAAAAAGAACCAGGCCAAGAUUCAGCCUCCCUCCCCAGCUGGAUCCGGCUCUCUCCAGGGGCCCCAGACGCCACAGUCCACCAGCAGCUCCAUGGCAGAAAGCGGAGACUUGAAGCCCCCUACUCCUGUCUCCACCCCACACAGCCAGAUGCCCCCAGUGCCAAGUGGCAGGAGCAGUGUGAACCUGCAAGAUCCAUUUGCUGAUGGCGACUUCUCUCGGAGAAACACUAUGACGCCCAACUCUGGCUACCAGUCAGGCAUGAGCACCCCGGAGAUGCCUGGUCGCAUGGGACCCUAUGAACCCAAUAAAGACCACUUCAGUGGUAUGCGUAAAGCUGCAGAACAGUUCAUGCCUGGUGGGCAGGGUCCCAACAGCAGUCUCGGUGAUCAGUACAACAGGGGACCACCAGGCCCUAUGGGAAACAUGCCCAUGGGCCAGCGGCACCAGUAUCCAUAUGGCCCCGGCUAUGACAGGAGACCAGAGUCAGGGAUGGGCCCAGAUGGCAGCAUGGGUCCUGGAGUGCCACAGCCAAAUAUGAUGACUUCCAAUGCCGAAUCUGGGAUGUACUCACCAAAUCGUUACCCUCCACAGCAACAGCGGCAUGAGUCCUAUAGUAAUCAGUAUCCUGGUCAGGGUGCACCUCCUGGUGGCUCCUAUCCGAAUCAGCAGCCUGGAAUGUACCCACAACAACAAUCGAACUACAAAAGACCAGGUGAUGGUGGUUACCCACCAGCUAAACGGCAUCACGACGGUGAGAUGUUCAGUGGGCCAUUCAAUGCUCAGCAGCCACCGCCGCAGGCUCCCCCUAGUGGUCCCUCAAGUGGUCAGGAAAUGUAUAACCAGUAUAACAGUUCCUACCCUGGCUCGGACCGUCGUCCACCUGGUCCCCAGAAUCAGUUCCCUUUCCCCUUUGGAAGAGAUCGUAUGCAAGCAGGCACGGGCCCAAACUCCCAGGGUUCUAUGCCUCCUCAAAUGAUGGCCAGUCCAAUGCAGUCUGGUCCUGACGGUCCUCAAGGUGGCAUGUGGCAGGGCCGAGGUGAUAUGGGCUACCCCAGUUACCCCAAUCGUCAGGGACCUCCUACUGGUCCCGGACAGGGCCCUGGCUACCAUGCAAUGAAUCGAUCUGAAGACAUGAUGCCAUCUGAACCACGCAUG